AUGAAGUUCUCCGUCGCCGCUGCCUCUGCGCUUCUUCCCAUUGCCUCUGCUCAUUACUUCUUUGAUAAGCUCAUCAUCGACGGCAAGGAGACUGCCAGCUUCGAGUAUGUCCUUUCCAACACUCGUGCUGCCAAGUACAACCCUACCAAGUGGGAAAAUGUGCGUGAUGACAUGACCCCCGACUUGCCCGACUUCCGCUGCAACAAGGGCGCCUUCACCUUUUCCGGCAAGACCAAGACUGCUGAGGUCAAGGCUGGCUCCAAGCUUGCCGUGAAGCUUGCUAUUGGCGCGACCUUCCAGCACCCUGGCCCGGCUUUGGUCUACAUGUCCAAGGCCCCCACCACUGCCAACGCUUACAAGGGCGAUGGCGAGUGGUUCAAGAUCUUCGAAGAGGGUGUCUGCGACAAGUCCAAGGACUUCACCAAGGAUGCUUGGUGCACUUGGGACAAGAACACCAUCGAGUUCACCAUCCCCAAGGACACUCCUGAUGGAGAGUACCUGAUCCGCCCCGAGCACAUCGGAGUCCACGGCGCCCACGUCGGCCAAGCCGAGUUCUACAACACUUGCGUUCAAGUCAAGGUCACUGGCGGCGGCAAUGGUACCCCGGGCCCGACCAUCAAGUUCCCCGGUGGUUACAAGAAGACGGACGAUUCCUUCAACUUCAGCAUCUACGGCGGAUACAAGCCCUACCCCAUCCCCGGCCCCGCCGUCUGGACCGGCGGUAGCAACUCUAACUCGGCUGGCAACGAGACCGAGGACGCCACCGACUCCGACGCCAGCGGUAACUCCGGCAACAACGCUGCUGCCACUACCUCUUCGAGCCCUGCCCCUACUCCCGAGUGCAACAAGGUGCGCCGCAGCCGCAUUUUCCGCGAGGCUCGCAACUAG